AUGGACGCGCCAGAAGCCGACAUUGACAUCAAGCUGCAGAAGAUCUCGGCUGAUCUUCUCAGCGACUUUGACCGCUCCCUGCCCCAUUUUCUCUGGAAGCCGGAUGGCCACGGCGGCACUCGAGUCCGCUCGCGGGUGCGCGCAAAGGAGACGUUCCGCCUGACUUCAGCUCUUCUGGACCCCUUCCAGGAACUUCCUCAGUUGCUGGAUCCGUAUCUGCCCAAGUGGAUUCCCCUCCUCGCCGAGGCGUUCCUCAAGCAUCUGCAGACACGUCACCGUGGAAAGACACUCUCGUCUCGCUCCAAGCUGCUGGUAUCUGUAGAAUUUGCAAUCUGCAAGAUCCUGUACACUUUCUGCAAGAUCCGUGGCGAAAAGGUCAUUGUCCGCUUCCUCAAUGUCGAGGCCAAGUACCUUGAACUGCUGCUCCUCGCCAUCGAGGAGUCGGAGCAGGCCUCGACAGACGAGGAUUCCCUUGGCAAGUGGUCAUGGGAGGAGCGCUAUGUUGUUCUCCUAUGGCUUUCCCACCUUCUUCUGGCUCCCUUCGAUCUUUCAACCAUCUCAUCAGUUGACUUGCAAGAUAUCACGGCACCGGAAAUCCCGGGUAUGGUUUGGCCUGACAACCUUCCCGCCAUUACCGUCCGGAUGAUCCCUCUGGCCAUCAAGUACAUUGGUACCCCAGGAAAGGAGAGAGACGCUGCAAAGGCUCUCCUAGUUAGAAUGGCCACACGUCGCGACAUGCAGCAACUCGGAGUCCUGGAGAGCCUUGUCAACUGGUCCCUGGCAUCUCUACGUCUGCAAAAGGACCGGUCUCCGCAGACAACUUACUUUUACCUCGGAAUCUUGUCUUUUCUUGCUGGAGUGCUACGCUCAUCGUCGGAUACUUCCGACAUGAACCCCUACUUGUCGUCCAUCUUCUAUGCUAUUCACGCUAUAGCCACCGGCGAGAACGAGCUCUCGAAAACAAUUGUUUCCUUUGCCCUGGCAAGGAAAAUGAUCCUCAAGGUCAUCCGAUCCGUUGUCGUGCUUCUGCUCCGUCAGACACCCCAGGACAUGGCCAGCACUGAGAUCACGGAGACGGCAAUUGGGUAUUUCCUCGACUGCGUAGCUGACAAUGACACACCAGUGAGAUUCGCAGCGAGCAAGUCUCUGAGUAUCAUUACCCUGAAGCUGGACCCCGAGAUGGCCUCUCAAGUCGUUGAAGCCGUUCUUGAAUCACUUAACCGAAACGUUCUCUGGACCAGGCCAGCGGGAGGCAAGCCAGCCAGAGACCUCUCUGCCGUCAACAACCUUGAAUGGCAUGGCCUUAUGCUUACACUUUCUCACCUACUCUACAGACGAUCCCCACCAGCUGAACAGCUCUCCGACAUUGUCCAUGCCCUUCUUCUGGGCCUAUCUUUUGAGCAAAGGAGCAUGUCUGGUGGUAGUAUUGGCGCCAACGUGCGAGACGCAGCAUGCUUCGGCAUCUGGGCACUCGCCCGGCGAUACGCAACUGAUGAACUCCUUGCAAUCCCGACACAGUCCGUCUUUGCCGCCAAGGCGCACCCUGCCACAAGCUCAAUUCUUCAGGUCCUCGGAACCGAGCUUGUGGUAACUGCCUCUCUGGAUCCUGCUGGAAAUAUCAGACGCGGUGCAUCAGCAGCUUUGCAAGAGCUGAUCGGAAGACAUCCAGAUACAGUGGAUCAGGGCAUCUGGGUUGUCCAGACUGUUGAUUACCACGCUGUUGCACGACGCUCAAGGGCCGUCGAGGAGGUGGCCGUGAAUGCCACCCGGCUGUCAAACCAGUAUGGCGAGGCCAUCAUUGAUACUCUGCUCGGAUGGAGAGGAAUCGGUGACCUUGAUGCCCUUUCCAGACGUGUUUCUGGCACCGCGUUCGGCGUUCUAACCUUUGAGCUAUCUGAUACCAAGUCCGAUGACCCCCUUGCUCGCUUCAGGGACUCCAUCCAGCUUCUCACUGAUCGUCUCAAGACCCUUCAAGUUCGCCAGGUUGAAGAGCGUCAUGGUCUCUUGCUAUGCUUUGCUGCAGUCUUGGACAAGUUUCCCGCCUUGGCCGCUGCAGGCACAGGAAAUCUUGACUCGUCGCUGAUUCAUCAAAUCCUCUCGACAGUUUCAACCGUGUUGGAGGACUUGCAGUCGACGGCUUAUCGCAAACCAGAACUACUUGCUGAAGCUGCCUGUCGUCUCGUUGUCUCGACGCUGCCGAUCCUUCAGGUGGCACUUCUGGGCAUCAAGUCGGAAGAAGCUCUCCGCCCUGGCCAAGAACAACUUCAUCCCGAUAACUCGUCCAGUUAUCUGAGCCUUGUUUCUGCCCUCGACUCGCUCGACAGCACCGCAGAUGAGCACGUGUUGCGGCUCACCUCCUCACUACGAUCCAUUAUUCCAACUUGGCUUAACCGCAAUGAGCAGGAAACUGUUGAACCCGCCGCUGCUGCAUCCCUUGUUCUUCUGAUAUUCAGCGGCCCAACAGAGCGCAAGGCGAUCCUGGACGAAUGGGCUGAGACGGUCAAGCACCGCCCUACAAGCCGUACUACAGUGCAUGGCAAUGGUUACUUCCAUGCCCUCACCAUUGCGCAGCCAUUAGCCGAGCUAUCCGAGGAUGUCGCCUCCAAGGCACUACUGGAGCGCUGGGAGUGGGACACAGAGGUCGAAUCGAGGGUUGCCAUCCUGCAGAGCCUCACACAGAGCCGCGUUCUGCGAGAUAAGCCCAUGAUUUUCCUCGAUCUGAUCGCCGAGGGACUCAAUGAUUACACUACUAAUGCCCGGGGAGAUGUUGGCUCGCAUGUCCGUGUUCAAGCUCUGAAAGCAGUUAGGGCUCUAUGGUCCAACCUGGACGGGGUAGUUGAAUGGACAGGGGAUUCUGUUCGGUCCCUCUUCUUCAGCACUCUUCGGCUCUCUGCGGAGAAGCUUGACCGCGUUCGUCCUGAAGCCCAGGCCGCCAUUGCACUUGUCCUCAAAGAAGGUGAUGCUACGCGAUUCCGCGAACUCACAUUCUCUUCCAAGACUUACUUUCAGAACCUCUUGAACCUUCAUGUCGGAGACCGUCUUCGACCCCUUCUUCAUGAUGUAGCUGAGGCAGACCCAAGCGCAUGGAUGACUGAGCUCAUGGCUGGGUUCGUCACAUCGGCCGAUACGGGCAACGAGGAUUUGGUCAUCGCUAGCCGAGCCGCACUCUGCGACUUCUGCGAGGCCAGUCAGGAGAACCUCGAACUCGUCUGCCAGGCGCUGCUUCAGAAUCUCAAGGCCCGACAGGGGCAGGACAGAGUCAUUGUGCCGACCCUCGAGAUCACUGCAUUCCUAUUCCAUGUGAAGCUCUUCCAGGGCAGUACCGUCAAUUUCCGCAGUCUAUGCCUGCAGACGCAAAAGGCUGGCUACAAGACAGGUAACGUGCGCAAGCUCGAGGCGUGCAUCAGGGUCUACAGCGGCGUCGCAUCCAUGGGUGACCAGGAGGGUGCCGAGGCAGGUGUGCAGGAGGCUAGGAAACGGCUGGGUGCACUGUUGUAUCAUCCCUGGCCCAAAGUCAAGAGCAUGGUGGUGGAUGGGCUCUGGGGUCUCGUUGGGGAUGAGGAAGAGGCUGGCGAGAGGCUGAAGGGUGUGGACUGGGGCCGGGCUGGAAAGGAGCAGAUCAAGACGGCCGUGGAAGAGCUGCGGUUGGUCUAG